AUGGCAGCUAGGACUUUCGAAAAGGGUGAGGUUGUUAAAGAGACAAAUGAAGUGGGUAAUAAUGCCCAAUUAGUUGGUGGUGUUAACAUUCCAGGCAUUAUUGGUAACAUCCCAGGCAUUGUUGGUAGUAUUCCAGGCACUAUUGGUAGCAUCCCUGGAGGUGUUGGUGGCAUCCCUCCUAGAUAUGGUGGCUUCUUGGGUGGUGGCUAUGCAGGCCAAGGAGGAUAUGGAGGAGGACCAUAUUGCCCUUAUAGCUGUUGUGUUUGGGCACUUGGGGGAGUUUGCUCCAGUUGCUGCACAAUCUAA